GUGAUACUGGCGACUGCCUUCCAGCUUUAUUUCUUGAGUGUGUCGGUGCUCGAUACCUUGUCUAUUUCCACCACAGUAACGGCGAGGACUUGGGAAUGUGCUACAACUUUGCAUGCCGCUUGCGGCAUCUCCUUGAGGUGCACGUCCUGAUAAUGGAGUAUCCCGGCUAUGGAAUAUGUCCCGGUAAGCCUUCGGAGGACAGCUUCCGUCAGGCGUCUCAGAUCUGCCUGAACUUCGCGAAGAAGGUUCUUCGCAUACCUUCGUCAGACAUCAUUAUAGUUGGCCGCAGUUUGGGUGCUGCUGUUGCACUGCAAGUGGCCGCGACGUCCGCAGCUUGUGGCCUCGUUCUGAUUGCCCCCUUCCUCAGCCUCCAAGAUGCUGUGGGGCAGUUCGUUGGGCAGAAAGCCUCGAAGCUCCUGGUCAAGAACAUCUUCUGCAACAGUGAGGUCAUCAAGACGGUCAAGGCCAUAAAUGCCCAGUCUGGUUUCCGAAUCAGAGGCAACGAUUCGUGGCUACCCGUCGUGUCGACUUCAAUCGAUUUUAAAUACACCUGGCUGCAAGAUCACCACAACGACCUUCUUUCAGACGACCAAGCAGAGCUCGUCUCUGAAGCUCGCUCGCUCCCGGAAAGCGACAAUCCGGUCGAGUCUGUGGCCGCCGAGCUGCUUCUGUCCAUUCUGCGCUUCUACCGGCAGUACAUCUCGCCGUAUGGUAUAGAGGUCGUGAAGAGGUACGGAUCGCUGAAGGGCCUUAUCCUCUUUCUCUGGCGAUUGCUUCGCUGCACGCCUCUGUUUCCCGUGGAUCGCGACCGAAUCGUCUGGGCCUACGACAGGUUCUGCAUGUCCGACGAGCCAGAGGAUCCGUGGUUCAUGCGUGGUAGGAAUGGCACGACAAGCUGUUUGGCAAGUCGGCCACAUCAGACAGUUCAGAACUUGAAGGGCCCGAAGGACACCGUGAGCCAGCAGACGACAGCGAAGACUGCGAUGCUGAAGCAAAAGGAGGUUCCAGUUCUCGUCAUCCACGGUGACCGGGACAUGCUCGUGGACUGUUCGCAAGGCAUCGGGAAGCUGGAUGUUUGUGAAACGAAGCGCUUCGUCAGUCCUCCAGGAAUGGGUCACAACGACGACUUGCUGGCCAAUGUCGACCUGCUGUGGAGGCCUAUGAUGGAGUUCUUUGCACUGCCGGACUAUGAUUUUCGACAGCUGCGUCUGCCUAAAGAGGCCUUCGACAAGCACCUUUGCCCCCUGUACCAUGGAGUGGUGGAGAUGACCAAGCACGAUCGGCCUCUCCCUGCUUCAACGGGCGACGAGGCUCAGGAAGUCUGGGGCUCUGAUGUGCCGAGGCCAGCUGAGGGACUGAGUCCCUGCCGAGGGCCCAAGGUCUGCGACGACAGAUGCAAACAUGUGGUUGGUGAUCUCCAGCCACCGGAAGCUGAUUGUGACGAACUCCUCAGGCCAUCUCAUCCCAGAGAGU